AUGAUACCACAUGCUCUCCCUUUUCUUUUUUAAUAUUACAUAGUUCGUCUCUCUCUCUCUCCUCUGUCACACACACACACACACACACACACACACACACAUACAGCAUCUUUUUUCUCUCUCUUCAUAAUAAAUAAUUCGAAAGUUCAGACGAAACCACUUUUGUUGUUUGAAUGAAGCCAUGCUGCCAAGAGAUAAUAUUUCGUACUCCGUCUUAUAUAAAAUAGAAAAAACCCUUUUUUGUUUUUCCCCUGCACCCCUCCUUCUUUUUUUUUCUUUCUUUCCAUGAGUUACAAACCUGCGCUUCCGGCUUCUCAGUUAUACAAAAAGCUCAAGAAAGUAGGCAAAGGAGCUUAUGGUUCUGUUUAUAAAGGACUGGAUACUCGAACGAAUAAAGUGAUUGCCAUCAAGGUAUUGAAUCUGGACACGGAAGAAGAUGAUGUGGAUGACAUUCAAAAAGAGAUUUCACUGUUGUCGCAAUUAACGCAUGCCAAGUCACAAAAUAUCACACCGUACUAUGGUAGUUUUUUAAACGAUGCAAAGCUUUGGAUUAUUAUGGAAUAUGCCGCUGGUGGCAGUGUGCGAACUAUUAUGAAGGCGGGGAAUCUAGAGGAGAGAUAUAUCGCUGUGAUUACACGGGAAGUAUUAUUAGCACUUUCUUAUUUGCAUAAAAAUCAAAUCAUACACCGAGAUAUCAAAGCGGCGAAUAUAUUGUUAACGGGAGAAGGUCAUGUGCAAUUAUGUGAUUUCGGUGUAGCUGCAGCCAAUUCAUUCCGUCGAAGCACCUUUGUCGGCACCCCGUAUUGGAUGGCACCCGAGGUCAUUCGAGAGGGAGCUUCCUAUGAUUACAAGGCGGAUAUAUGGUCUUUGGGUAUCACUGUUUAUGAGAUGGCGACGGGAAAUCCACCUUUAGCUAAUAUUGAUCCGAUGCGUGCUAUUUCCGUCAUUCCUAAAUCCGCACCACCCAAGCUUCCUGACACCUUUUCUCCCGCUAUUCGAGAGUUUGUUGAAUCCUGUCUUUCUGAGCACGCCAUCGAGAGGUUGAACGCGGAUGAGUUGUUGAAGAGCAAGUUUAUAAAGAGUGUGAUGAAGGUUCCACGAUCUGCUUUACGUGAUUUAAUUGCACGUUAUGAGAAAUGGAAAAAGACGCAGGAUGCAGCAAAGCGAUGUAGUAUUAUUUCCAACGAGCUCAGUGAAAGUGAUGCAGAGUCGUUGGAUGAGUUUGAUGAGAUGGAUAAUGAAGGUUGGGAAUUCGAUACGAUUAAGGGAAAGACAAGCACAGUGAAGGCAAGUACGGGGUUACAUACACCGUUGAACGAGGAAGAGAUAAAAGGGUAUACACGACCACCUGAAUCCCUACCUCUUGUACGUAUGUUUAUGACGGCAGAACAAAAAGCAGCAGAACAAGUGAGUAUGGCGUCCCCGCCUACACCUCUUUCCACACCACCCAAUGCCGUUAGCACAGCCACAGCCACAGUGAAAGCAGCACCGCCGGCCACUGCGAGUACGACGAUACCGGAUAUACCACAACGGUCUGAUUUUUCGAUGGGGGGUGGAGAUAUACACACAACGGAUUUUUUAUCGUCGCAUUCGAAACGAUUGGUGCCGCGUAAUUUAACAACGCCGGUAUCGAAACUGACACCGAUGACCCGUACAGCGUCAGCGGAAAGUGCGGUGAGCAAGACACGAGCGAGAUCACAUUCUGAGCAACGGGCAGAACCGAUGGUGUCAUUGACAGUACCAAAACUUGCGUCGUCGUCGCCGUUAGCACGACGUGUACGAUCGGCCACGACAUUAAGGCCAACGGUAGAAGAAGAUGCAGUAGGGAGGGUUGUCAGGGCGACGGAAAAGGAAGGAAAAGAUUUGCAUCGACGUAGUAUUAGUGCGGAUAAUGGAAAGAUGGUGCAUAAAGCGGAAUGUGAAGGAGAGGAAGGACGAUGCAAAGAGAGUGUGGCACCGUUGGAUCUGGAUAGGUUAAGAUCUCCACAACAAUUUUAUGAUGCGAUUUGGGCUACAUUGGGAGAUUUAAAUGGGUGGCUUGAUACCUUGGAUACCUCCCUUCAUCAUCUUAAUCUUUCUCAACAAGGAUAAUUGGAGGGGAAAUGAUUCUACUACUAUUAUUUAUUAUUAAUUAAAAAAAAAAAAAAGAGAAGUUAUAGUUUGGGUUCAUGGCUACAUUGUUGUUGUUGUUGUUGCUGUUGUUGAAAUGAAGUGGAUAGACUACCAUGAUCUACAAUGGCUCCGUAACCCUUCAUACG